AUGCGCGCGAUCCUGGUUGCCAUGUUUGCCCUGCUCACGGUUGGCUCCUUUGCAGAUGAGUCGAUGAAAGCGUUGGCUGCAGAUGACGAGUCUGCCACUCUCAACUUGCUUCAGAAGAAGGGAGCUUUGCAAACCGAGGACGAGAAUGUGGAGGAGAUGAUGGAUGCAGAGGUGGCUCUGGAGAUGUCUACUCCAGGCCUGUAUGCUUGCAGUGCUUUGCACCGCUUGCACUGCACAGGGCGCAUGAAAGGACCUCAACUCGAGACGAACUAG